ACACCCUCAUCUUUAUCCUCUGCAUCAGGUGCGCCUGCACACGACCAACCUCAACAAGUUGUAGUCGUCCCAGUCCAAAGAUAUUUCACGUUUGACCAUGUCUUUGGUACUAACGCUACACAAGAGGAGAUCUAUCAAGGCAGUGUCAAACGAAUGGUUGACAAAUUCAUGGAAGGUUACAAUGUAACGAUUAUGGCAUAUGGCCAGACUUCUUCUGGAAAAACAUAUACUAUGGGCACUGGGGCACCAUCAUCUGAGGACCGAGGUAGCCCUUCAGAAGGUAUCAUCCCACGCGCAGUGGCACAACUUUUUCAUGAUGCUAGAAAACCACCUCCUGUAUACCCAGGCUAUAAAAUCCCGCCUCUCAAGACAAGCUUUCGCGUAUCUUUUGUGGAGAUUUAUAACGAAGAUCUAAUCGAUUUAUUGGCAAAAGGAGAUUUUCGUCCUCCCGUAACCAUUCGUGAAGAUACAAAGGGAAAUAUUUUUUGGACAGGAGUACAGGAAAUUGCUGUCGCAUCAGUAGAGGAAGUCAUCCAUUUACUUUGGUAUGGCUCUCAGAACCGACAGACACAUUCCACAGAGAUGAAUGAAAAAUCAUCUAGAUCCCAUGCUAUCUUCAGCAUAACCUUACGGCAAGAAAAGUUUGUUCCAACCCAUCCUCCUCCACCAUUACCCGUCAUAGACUCUUUAAAUUCUCCCACGUUAUCCAAAAAUGCACAUCCCAGGUCACCCAGUCUAAGCAAUACCACUAGUAUCGUACCAGGAUCACCAGCCUCGAUUCGACCCGGAACGCCAACUACCAUGGGGGCAUCUAGUUCAAAGCUGAAGCGCCAGAGCACUCUGUCCGAUAUAACAGCAUUAACAGCCCCUUCAACGCCGAUUUCGACCGCAAAUGAUGAUCCAGAGCCUGAUGGCGAAUGGGUUGUUCUAAAUAGUAAAUUUCAUUUUGUGGACUUGGCUGGCUCUGAGCGUCUGAAGCGGACAUCGGCCAUCGGUGAUCGUGCAAAAGAGGGAAUCAGCAUCAAUGCAGGGCUUCAUGCACUAGGAAAUGUUAUUUCCGCACUAGGGGAUCCUAGUAAAAAAGCAAGUCAUGUACCAUAUCGUGAUUCAAAACUUACGAGGUUGCUACAGGACUCAUUGGGAGGCAAUGCACUGGCCCUGAUGAUUGCCUGUGUUAGUCCAAGCGAAAUUAAUCUUAAUGAGACUCUUAAUACACUCAAGUAUGCAAACCGCGCACGUAACAUCAAAAACUCUUCCACUUUAAACCAGGAAGUAAAUAUGGACAACCCAGAAUACUUGCGCUCCAUCAUCCAGAAGCUUAAAAUGGAGAUAAAAAUGCUCAAG